AAUCGACCUGGCACUACACUAACUGCCAAAACGCCUGCAUUACGCAUGCGCUUAUAGGUUAAUUCUAAUUAGGCACUACCUAGCUGCUAGCUGUUUUGAUUUACCUGGAUACAAUUUACGAUUCAUAUAUGAAACCUGCUGCAUAACAGCUUUACUAAGCGUUUAUGUCCCAUAACACACCACGUUAAGUGGUGAAGCAUCUUGUCUAUGAAUUUAAUCUUUGGGCAGAUUUGCUCACCUGCCUCUUCCGCCGAGCUUCACCCUCUACCGCCCCUGCUGGACAGGCAGAACAACUUCUCUUAGGAGCUGUUGCUAGGAUACAAAGCGCCACAGUGUAGCGCCGUAUCAAAUGAGUUGUAACAGGCAGAGCAGCCAGUUCCCUGUGUGUAUUUAGCACAAACUCCGUGCCCUGAUAAAUUAAAACACGAUGAUGUCUGCUGCAUCCUGGAAGUUUGAUGACGGACAGAGCUGCGCUACUAAAUGUUUCCCAGCACGGACGCUACUCAGCCGAAACAGAGAAGGUAGGGGUUGGUCAUUGGCUGGUUGCCUUCAGGGAAGCUCAGGAGCAGGAAUACAAGACAAGCAGAAUUAAAGCGGCGUAUAAAAACAGCAGAGUCACCGACGCAGCUGGAACUACGUUAGACGGAGCCCUGCUGCUGCGCUUACACUGUGUUGACGGACCGUCGGAGCUCUGCUCUGUGGACGUGAGUGAGCAGAACCUGACCUCUGUCAAACUAGAAGACCUGAGGACGUUUGACAAUGUGGCCUACGUCGAUGCUUCCAUUAACGCCCUCUCUUUAGGUUCUUUCUGCUGUUUUAUGUCAUUAAGAGAAAUCAAUUUGUCUGUAAAUGGGAUUCGGAACAUGGCUUUUGAUGCUACUAGUUUCCCACGUCUUGAGGUUUUGAACUUGUCCUACAACUAUCUGUCAGUCGAUGACAUCGUUUCUGUCGGUCGCCUCACACGUCUGAAAGUCCUUCAUCUGAGUGGAAAUCAGCUCCAUCAGCUCCCUCCUGAUCUGGGCUCGUCCAGCCGUGACAACUCUCCAAUACCAACUCAAGAAAAUAAACAGUUUGCAGCCCUUGAAGUCCUGAUUCUCGACGACAACAAACUGACCUCCGGCGUCUUCAGCAGUCUCGCAAACCUUAAGAGGCUGAAGUACCUAAACCUACAGGGGAACCACAUUUCAGAAGUUCCCUAUUUGCAGCUGACGGAUCGUUCAGCACCGAGUUCUGUAGAUGAGCAAACUAAGGAAACUGCUCACACUGAACCAAGGCCCAUCACCACAGAAAGCAUCACGCGGACCCCAGAGGAGGACAACUGCGAGGAGCACCUGGUUUUCGGGGCCACUUUGCCGCUACCAGAGCUGCAGUUCCUUAAUUUAGCUGAAAACAAGAUCGCGGAGGAAGGAGCCCUGAUGGCUGCUGCCCUUUUCCCAAAGCUCCGUGAAAUCGACAUUCACUCCAACCCUCUAACCGUCAACAGAAGUGGAGACCCCCCAUUACUGUCCCACUACCUCCAGAAGAGACUGGGAAUAUCCAUUCAGCGCAAGAAGCCAGAUGCUGUGAAGCUCCCACUGAAGACGCCGUCACAUCCCCAGUGGAAGGUGGAAGAUAAUGUCGCACAUGCGUCACUGAAGCCGCGGAUGGAGGUCCAGGCUGCAGAGAGGAAGGGUUCAAAAGAGCAGACGGAGCGCUUCUUUGUGACUCAGGUCGCAGAUGUUGCUGAGUGCGAUGAAGAACGGACUGCAGUCAACAGCGAAAGAUUCAGCUCCUGUAAAAUGAUGUCGGACGUGAAGCUGAAUCCUGACGCGAUGGAAGCCGUUGGAAUUCAAACAGCUGUUCGGAUGCUGGAACACACGCUGAAAAAUCUGAAUGUUUACAGAGAUUCGAGACCAAAUCUUGAUAGCAUCCAGACUCCGUACAGAGAAAAGGAGCGAAGGAUUAAGGACCUUCCGCCUCUGAAACCAAGAAAGCAGCCGGCCGAGAGGUCACAUGACGCCAUGAGGGAAAUCAGAAGGAGCACGGCCAAGAGAGAAGUCGCCUUGAGUAGCGUCAUACGCUGCCCGCGUGCCAACGAGCAGGAGUACAACCAGGCUGUGGCGCUGCUGAGGGACAUGCGGGCGAAGUACAAGGCGCUUCGCAGGAAAACCAUGGAGCAGGCGGUCGGCGUGGAGCCGGGCGGAGCCGAGGCCCGGCCCGGUCCUUAGAGCGCUGGUCGUUCCCAGGCGCAGCGAACGCAUCCCCGUCACAGAGCGUCCCUCCAUUAAGUCAAAUCAGCAGCAGCUCUCGCCAUAAUAACAGCACGUCUUCCCAGUUAGGAUGGAAGGAGGUGGACGGCAGGGAAACGCAGGGAAAGGCCUGGAAAUUGACCUUGUAGAAAAUAAAAGAUUAAAUAUACAAAUAAAAACAAAAUUAAACAGCUGUA